CUUCCGCUCCGCCUCCUUCGCUUAGCCCGCGAGUGCUCGGAGGGAAGAGUCGGCGGGCGGCGGCGAGCGGCGAGGGGCGACCGGGCGGCUCCCGAGGAGAGGCCGAGAUGACGGGCUCCAACGAGUUCAAGCUGAACCAGCCGCCCGAGGACGGCAUCUCCUCGGUGAAGUUCAGCCCCAACACGUCGCAGUUCCUGCUGGUGUCGUCGUGGGACACGUCGGUGCGCCUGUACGACGUCCCGGCCAACUCGCUGCGGCUCAAGUACCAGCACACGGGCGCCGUGCUCGACUGCGCCUUCUACGACCCCACGCACGCAUGGAGCGGCGGCCUGGAUCAUCAGCUGAAGAUGCACGAUUUGAACACGGACCAAGAAAACCUUGUUGGAACUCACGACGCCCCCAUCAGAUGUGUUGAGUACUGUCCGGAAGUGAACGUGAUGGUCACUGGGAGUUGGGAUCAGACCGUUAAACUGUGGGAUCCCAGAACUCCCUGUAAUGCCGGCACCUUCUCUCAACCUGAAAAGGUGUACACCCUCUCCGUGUCGGGGGACCGCCUGAUCGUGGGCACCGCAGGCCGCCGCGUGCUGGUGUGGGACUUGCGCAACAUGGGCUACGUUCAGCAGCGCCGGGAGUCCAGCCUGAAGUACCAGACCCGCUGCAUCCGGGCCUUCCCCAACAAGCAGGGCUACGUGCUAAGCUCCAUUGAGGGCCGAGUGGCAGUUGAGUACCUGGACCCCAGCCCUGAGGUGCAGAAGAAGAAGUAUGCCUUCAAGUGUCACCGACUGAAAGAGAACAACAUCGAGCAGAUCUACCCAGUCAAUGCCAUUUCCUUCCACAACAUCCACAACACAUUCGCUACAGGUGGUUCUGAUGGAUUUGUAAAUAUCUGGGACCCCUUUAACAAGAAGCGGCUGUGCCAGUUCCACCGGUACCCCACCAGCAUCGCCUCCCUGGCCUUCAGCAGUGAUGGGACCACGCUCGCCAUCGCAUCAUCAUAUAUGUAUGAAAUGGACGACACGGAACAUCCUGAAGAUGGUAUCUUCAUUCGCCAAGUGACAGAUGCCGAAACAAAGCCCAAGUCACCAUGUACUUGACAAGAUUUCAUUUACUUAAGUGCCAUGUUGAUGAUAAUAAAACAAUUCGUACUCCCCAAUGGUGGAUUUAUUACUAUUAACAAAGAAACCAGGGACAAAUACUAAUUUUAAUAUUAUAAGAACCUGAAAAUAAUGGAAAAGAGGUUUUUAUUGAAUUUUUUUUUUUUAAUAAAUUCUUUCUUAAAUGCAUGAGAUGGUUUGAUGGUUUGCUGCGUUAAAGGUGUUUGGGCAAACAAUAUUGGAGGGCAGUAACUGCACUUUUGAGACUCAGCUUUGACCUUGAUUUUGUUUCCAUUGUGGAAAUAAAUGUUUGUAAAUAAAUAUGGGUAAUACAAAUCCCCUUGCAUUCUCUGUGGACUUGAAAUGGUAGAGGAAAAGGCUCUUGAACCAUUUGUUUCUCUUGCUGGUUAUAGUUGCUAAUUCUAAAGAUGCUUCAGACUGCCUCAUGAGGAGGUUAAUCUACAAUUAAACAAUAUUUCCUCUUGGCCGUCCAUUAUUUUCAGAAGCAGAUGGUUCAUCAUUUCCUGGGCUGUUAAACAAAGCGAGGUUAAGGUUAGACUCUUGGGAAUCAGCUAGUUUUCAAUCUUAUUAGGGUGCAGAAGGAAAACUAAUAAGAAAACCUCCUAACAUCAUUUUGAGACUGUAAACAAUUAUUUAUUAGCAAACAAUUGAUCCCAGAAGGGCAAAUUGUUUGAGUCAGUAAUGAGCUGAGAAAAGACAGAGCAUAUCUGUGUAUUUGGAAAAAUAAUUGUAACGUAAUUGCAGUACAUUUAGACAGGCAUCUAUUUGGACCUGUUUCUAUCUCUAAAUGAAUUUUUGGAAACAUUAACGAGGUUUACAUAUUUCUCUGACAUUUAUGUAGUUCUCUUGCCCAUUGUAGUUGCCCAGCCGCUGGUGAUUAAGGCUAGAAAGAAAAAAAAUUAUAAUAGUGAGAAUGAGAUUCAUUUCUCCGUAAUGCCCUGGAGCAGAGCACGAACUUAGCUUGGCCUGUUCUUGGUAGUCCCAGAUAGUAAUGACGAGCGUGUGUCUCUGAAUAGGCUUGGACCUUGAUGAAAUUAAUUUCGUUCAUUUGAAAAAUAGGCUUUAAAAAAAAAAAUUGUUUCGAUGCAGAGAAAGGUUGUGAGUUUUUUAAAUACUUCAGUGGAAACAGUGUCAGUCUGAACCCAUCUUUUGAAAUGUAUUUUCUUCAUUGCAGGUCCACCUAAUCAUCUCGUGAAAGUGGUUUCUCUGUGGAAAGCUUUGUUUUGCUUCCUACACAUGCGUGUGUCUCCCUGAGGGGUGUGUGUCCGCAUUGUGGCCUUGUCGUUGAAUGUGUGGAUUUCUCUGUUGUUUUUUUUUUUUUUUUUGUCUUCUGAACACUGUGUGUGUGUGUGAGUGCAUGUGGGUGUAUACACGCAUGUGUGUGUGGGCCAAGGCGCCUCUGUCCUCGUGUGGUGUGAGUCUGGGAGUGCCCCCGCCAGCCCAGCUGCUGUUUAGGGGUGACUUGAGUUUUUGCUGUGAGAGUGACCUGUUCUGGCCCUGCCCUGUUACUGCUGUGCUGUCCAAUAAAUCCGAGAUUCCGAA